CCAGUCAUCUCUUUUAUAUCACAGUCACUUUUCACUUAUACAUAUCUUGCAAACGUGAGCGUGCAGUGUAUUUAGUUUUUUUUCAAGAACAAACUGAAUUUAAUUGAGGAAAAGUUUUACGUUUCUUAAGAUUGUUUUGAUACAGAACCAUAAAGAAAUGAUAGGAGUUAAUUCCGAUAAUUUUAAUGUACUUCAAGGGAAAUAUACUAGCAACAACGUAAAUUGUCAAUGUGAUAAAAGCCAGUCUGGUAUCGCCGAGCUAAAUUUUUCGGAAGAAAAUGACGAUCACAGUUAUUCGACGCAGUUAUUUUGUAAGAAAAUAAAAAUAUUAUUGUAUUUUAUAACUGCUGGUUUGCUAAUGGCAAUACUUUUAUUCACAAUUCGUACCAUGAUAACGGUCCAAAAUAUCGAUAUGUUGGUGAGAUUACACUAUAAAAUACACAAAGUAACACCGAAUCCCUUGAUGGAAUCAAUGUCGGAAAGUAGCCCAGAAUAUGUAUCCAUUACAGAGGCGAUACCAACAACAGCAAUCGUCAGAAGAGAAGCUCUACAGAUAGUACCCCGCGAACAAUGGAAUGCUGCAUUCCCAAAAGACGUUAUUAAACUCAUUGGUCCAGUCGAUAUAAUAAUAAUUUGUCAUACUGCCACUCAAAAUUGCAACACAUCUACAGCUUGUGAAAAAUUAAUAAAAUCGAUGCAAAGGUAUCACAUGGAAGAACAACGCUGGUGGGAUAUUGGAUACAAUUUUAUUGUUGGAGGUGACGGUAAGGUCUACGAAGGAAGAGGUUGGACUGGCGUGGGCUCCCAUACAUUCGGGUAUAACAGAAAAUCCUUAGGGAUAGCGAUAACGGGCGACUUUAAAACCAAAAUUCCAUACAAAGCACAAAUAAAAGCGUGUAAGGAAUUAAUCAAGAUGGGUGUAAUGUUGGGUUAUAUAGACAAAAAUUAUAAACUGUUUGGGGCAAGUCAGCUUGUGUCUACUUUGUCUCCUGGAAAAGCGUUAUUGGAAGAGAUGGAAACUUGGCCAGAAUUUUCCGAAAAGGCGUGAUUUAUACGUAUCAUUCGUAUCGUUUGAUGUCUACAUCCUUAACAACAGUUCUAGAAGUCGAGUUUUGUAAUAAAAAUUGUUACAUGUAGUUUCGUGAAGAUGCAAUCACCUUUACCAAUACGACUUUAGAUACAUUUACUGUGAAAUAUUACCUUAUUCAUAUUAUUAUUUUAGUAUGUGCACGUUAACCCUUGACCGUAAAUUAAAUGAUGUACAAUAUUUUAUAUUAACAUUUUAUCAACGCUUACAAUUUUCUGUGACAUAUCAAUUACUUUUCCGUCUAAACAUCGUGAAUUCUUACGAACAUAGUCAUUCACGGUCGGAAUCCAUGGUAGAAUUAUGAUUUGGGCUGAAAGGCCAUGGUCCUGCAGUUGGACCUAAUACUUCAUUUAGACAAUAGUUGCUCAGACCGAAAGGCAUGUAAUCAAAUUAAUAAACGACAUUAAAACUC